GCCUGUGUUACUGAUCGGUCCGCCUCCCUACAGAUUUCGUCUGUUUUCGCCCAAGUGGAGGAGGAAAAGGUGUCGCUGUCCAAGAAGAAAAAGUAGUCGACAGUUAAAAUAAAUAAAUCAGUCAACACCGACUGGCCCCACGAAGUAAAGUCGAGAGUAAAGCGUAUACAGGUGGUUUUACUUUAGUCUGUGGUGGCGACAGUCAAUAGUUCUGACAUUACGCCACGAGCGACGGAGCAGAGGGAAAGGUCUCCUCCCAGACUGUUGACGGAUACAGUUUGGCUUCAGUGAAAAGAAACGCAGCAAGACUCGACUCGACGUCGCUCCAACCAGGGCAGAAAAAUCAGUAUUCAGGCUGCAGAGCUGCUGUAAUUGUCUGUGUCAGUCUGAGUGGAAGAGACAGGCAGAGAAGCAUUGCGUUGCCCAGGAUGUCGUCAAAGCUUCACAGCUCCAACAACAUAGCCCUCGCCCGGCGAACGGUGCAGCAGCUGAGAAUAGAGGCGAGCAUUGAGAGGAUAAAGGUAUCCAAAGCCUCUGCAGACCUCAUGAACUUCUGCAGUGAACAUGCCAGAAACGAUCCUCUCCUUAUGGGCAUUCCUGCUUCAGACAAUCCCUUCAAGGAAAAAAAACCCUGCACUAUAUUGUAGUUGAUGCCAUGUGGCCUUAAUGUGUUUUUGUUUUCCUUUUUUUCUCAUUAAUGUUGCUGUAUUCUUUGUGAUGGGAUGAGUGAGGGAUGGACUGAUCAUAUCAUUACCACGUUACCAAUUCAAACCAUCUUUUUCUAAAAAGCAGUGAUUUACACGAAGUGCAUUGUCCAUCAUUCACAGAAUCCACUGACCUGCUGCUGUUCAGCCUAAAUGCUGACCACUAGCACAACUUGGCAUUGCUCAGUCCUUCAUCUGUCUACAGUCUCAUCUUCACCGGGCAGCGACUGUUAUUUGUCUCUCUGGUUUGCCUUAAACAGAUACAAACAACCAAAGUUUUCCUCCUGUCUUUUAACAGUAUGGUGAAUAUCAGCAGCAGGUCAGCUGAUGUAUUAUUGAUUUUGGUGCCUGGUGUUGAAUGAAACGCCAAGUCAAAGUAUUUUACAACUUAUCUCAGCUGCAGCCGCUUCGACUGGCCAACGACGAUCCGCAUCCUGUCCAGUUUGCUGAGUUUCUGUAUGGAAUUUGCAGUAUGAAUUUUUACACUCGUCUUUAGCUGAUUUUAAAGAUCCUUCUUGUUGAGACCAUCAGUAUAAUCGCCUCUCAGAAUUCAAGCAGACAGCCUGCAAAAUGAAUUAAACCUAAAUGAGAGCGGUUCAGUUCUUUGUUGACAUUGUGUAAUGAAAUGGGACCAAGCCAGCAUUAAAACAUCUAAAUUGGAAGAUUUUAGAGCUUAACUCUCCGUGGUACCUUUCUUUUCUGGUGCAGACUACCAUAUGGAGCUUAUGUUUUGUGGAACAUAAGUUUUUUAACUUGUUUCUCUGUAUUUCAAAGUGUAACAACAGGAACAAGUACAAACCCAGACUUCAAGUAUGGAUUAAUUCUGCAAGUCUGAGCAUUUAAAUAAAUUUUACAAGUCUUAAAAUAAAAAAAUAAAGCAAAUACAAGUCUUAAAGACCCACUCUGUAACUAUUCAAAACUCUGUGUUCUGACUUGUUUGAUAGCACAGUGACAUCUAUUAUGAGCAUUUCUCGAGCUGUCGCUGUCCAGCAGCGUCCUGUGGCUGAGUAACGCAACUUUUUCAUCCGGGACGCUGCAGCCGAGGAAGGAAGAGGGGAAAAAAUGAGGAAGGGACAGAGCAAGAGAUAAGACAAGAGUCAAGACUUUUACUGGCUGGAGAGAACUCACAAUCCAAUCACAGAAAGCUGGCCAAAGCCAGUGCAACCAUCAUAUCCCCCUAAAGGUGAGUCACUUUAUGGAUAAAUAAAACAUUUAGGAACCCUUAGCAGAAUUAGCUGAUAUUAGAGAUGUGAUUUCCAUGUCCAGAAAGAAACGUUUGAGUUUUCAUCAACAGACUUAUCUUUAGGGAACUGUGGCAGUCAUACGGGCCUUGGUCAGACGGCCAUAGCGGUACUUUCCUACAUGACGUAAAGUCUGCUUGUGGACACACAGAAUCUAAGCAUCUGAUUGGUUCUUCAGGUGUGUGAAAUGUGUAACAAAUAUUUAGUACUCGUAAAACGAACUUGUAUUUUCAGACUUGUAAAAUAAAUCUGCACAUGUAGAUUUAAUUUGUACCUGUACUUGUUACAGUUUCACAUAUGGAGAUAGACGUUGCAGAACUUCAAUCCCCAUCGUAUCGCCAUAACAACACCGAGCCUCAGUUCAGUCACAACAAAUGUCUUAAUUGAGAAAAUGUGCUGGUCAAAUCUUCAGGUUUUGUAGGUACUAGUGCAAACCACUCUCCCAAGACUCUUCACUUCUUCAGUUUUACUUUCUUCAUGUAGUGUUUGUGUGUGGGGGGGUUGUUUGUGUGUGUGGGGGGGUGCUUCAGUCUGAUGUCCACUUGUUGUGAUUUGCUGCAGAAAAAUGCGGAGAAUUAAUUGGAUGGAUAAAAACUGUCUUUACUUUAAAGCUUUACUAAUGUUUGCCUCGUAUCAUGAAGAACACAAAGUAUUUCUUUACAAUAAAUUAAGUUUUUAUCUGAGGGAUCAGUGUGUUUGGUAAUGAUAAAAACCAUAGUGUGCCAUCUCGUUUUACUCAACUGGUGCUCGGCUUUUCAGAAGUUUUCAUAUCGCCACCUAAUCCAAAGGACACGUUCAAGGCCUUCAAACCGGUUUAUUGUUAGCUGUUGUUAAAUAUUUUUUUCUUCUAUGAGUUCUUAUUAAUUGUCUCUCACUUUUUCUCGCAAUAAAUAGAUCCUGUAUGUCUCCCCAGGAACAAACCUGAGAAUGCCACUGCCAAGUGAUGUUUGUCCAUUUACAGCAACUCUGUAAUAGCCUUAUUGUACCACUGAUAGAUAAAUUUAACUGUCCAAAUCUGCAUUUUGAUAAAUGUCUUUAUUAAUAUACUGACCUUUGUAUCAAGAUAUAACUAAGAUUAAUAAAGUGAAGCAUUCCUACGGUA